AACGCCAAACGCAGCACACGUCUUUGCUUAGUCGUAGCCUCUCUCUCUGAAUAUUGUAUUAUCAGUUAUCGGUUUUGUUCGACUGACGCUUUAGUUAAGUGUAUUUUUGUUGAGUGUUGUCGGGGAAUGCAUUCUCAAUGGAUCCCGAAAACGAUGUUUACGCUUUCUACGAUAUUAGAGGUUUCAAGGGGAAAUGUAGACCGGCGGGACCAACAAAAUCGCAACAAUUUCUGCAACCGCGAAUGUCACUCCUAGGGAAGCCGCUCAAUUAUAAUCGCGGCACACAUCGCCGCGAUGCGCGCUACCGGCGGAUGCAAAGUCGACUCUACAAUUUCCUGGAGCGACCGCGGGGCCUGCAUGCAAUAUUCUAUCAUGUGAUGGUUUUUCUGAUGGUGUUCACAUGUCUCGCACUGAGUGUGUUUUCCACCAUCAAGGAGUACGAGGAGGACGCUGUGUACAUAUUAUUUCGCAUGGAGAUCAUAGUCGUCAUCUGGUUCACCAUGGAGUUCGGAGCGAGACUUUGGUCUUCGGGCUGUCGCUCCCGCUACCAAGGAACACUGGGGCGACUCAAGUUCAUCAAGCAACCAUUUUGUAUUAUAGAUAUUAUCACCAUAUUAGCCUCAAUUGUAGUAUUAGGCAUGGGCACCUCUGGCCAGGUGUUUGCCACAAGUGCGUUGCGUGGCCUGCGAUUCUUUCAGAUACUUCGCAUGGUGCGCAUGGAUCGACGUGGCGGCACCUGGAAGCUGCUCGGCUCGGUUGUAUACGCACAUAGACAGGAGCUCAUCACUACUAUGUAUAUUGGAUUCUUAGGCCUAAUCUUUGCAUCAUUCCUAGUGUACAUGUGGGAGAAGGACGUCAACGAUAAGUUCAACAAUUUCGCUCAGGCUCUUUGGUGGGGCGUGAUUACGCUGUGCACCGUUGGCUAUGGCGACAUGGUGCCCAUCACCUGGCAGGGCAAAUUGAUAGCCUCCUGCUGUGCUCUAUUGGGCAUAUCCUUCUUUGCGCUGCCUGCGGGCAUUCUGGGCAGCGGCUUUGCGUUGAAGGUGCAACAACAGCAGCGGCAGAAGCACAUGAUACGGCGUCGUCAGCCGGCGGCAACACUCAUCCAGGCCGUCUGGCGUUGCUAUGCGGCCGAUGAGCAUUCCGUUUCAAUUGCCACCUGGAAGAUACAUCAGGUGGCUCUACCAAGUCCGCCCGCCUCACGGGCCUCAUCCAGUUUUAAGCACAACACAUCCUUCGUCGCCCGCCUGCCGACGAUAAGGCGUCACAAGAGCCAGACAAUCCAGACGCCUGGUGGCGAUGGCUCAACGCUGUCCAAGCCACCUGGCUCAUCACGUGCCUCCACUCGCUACACUCGCACCAUACGCGACAUCAACGCAUCUGUGGAGAAUCUGGAGGUAGUACAAAAUGGCAAAUCCAUGAAUCCAAGUUUUAGCGAAGAUUCAGUUGCUGAAACAACUUGCUUAAAAAAUAUUAAAAAUUCAGACGCAAAGUCCACGCCGUUGCCUUCUGAUUUGGCCAAUUGCAAGCACAGCUCCAGUUUGGGCACAGUGCCAACGACAACAACAACAACAACUGCAACAACAACAACUUCGACUGCAGCUGAGCCGCAAGCUAAGCCCAAGGCUGUGGCUAGCUCUAAUACGUUGACCAUACCCGUUGUGCUCUGCGGUUUCCUGCACGGUGACUUCUUUGGCUCCACAUUCUCGCUGCGUAAUCCACGCGUGACGCCAUCGCCCGAUCUGGAAGCGGGCCACAUUCAGCAGCAGCCGGAGGAGAGGGCAGAGGAAAAGCCACAGCCAAGUCCGAAUCCGAGUCCAAGUCCGAGCGGACGUACGGGUCGAUUUUUUGCGGCUGCCUCGCAUUUUCUGGAGACGGGCUCAUUGCAUGGCCGCGUGGACACGGAGCCGCAUGGCGCAUUUUAUGUGGCAAAUGAGGAUGAGGAGCCGCGUUGCACGCAGCUGACAAAUCGUCACAAGAUCGCCAUACGCUUUAUACGCAAGCUCAAGUACUUUGUUGCACGCCGCAAGUUUAAGGAGGCUUUGAAGCCAUACGAUGUCAAAGAUGUCAUGGAGCAAUAUGCGGCAGGUCAUGUGGAUCUGCUGGGUCGCGUCAAAAUGCUGCACUUGCGACUUGACCAAAUACUGGGCAAACAAGGCUCCAAGGCAAAGGACGUGUAUGCCUCGAAGAUCAGUUUAGCCUCGCGUGUGGUUAAGGUCGAGCGUCAGGUGGUGGACAUUGAGGAGAAAUUGGAUAUUCUCAUCAAGGCCUAUAUGGAGGAUCGUGAUAGAUUCUUAGCGCUUCCGUUGCCCGCAAAUCCGAAACCCAAAAUACAUUCCAUUAGCCCUAGUCACAGUCACCAGCUGCAUCACAACGCACACAAUCAGAACAUGAUCGAUGUGUGGAAGCGAACGGCGACGCUCAGCGUGCAUCCCGAGCUGGUGACGACCGGCGCAUCCUCGUCGUCCUCAGUGGAUCGCCUGGACAGCAAUGAGACGGCGCUGACCUCCACGCAGACGGCAACCAUAACAACGGAUGCGAUUGCCACACAAACACCAAUGCCGCAUACACAGCAUACAGCGACCAAUACUAAGUCUUCCGUGCUUAACUCAUAUCAGCUACCGCCUGAGAAGCAACAGCACAAUGAUGUAUUUAUGACUGAUUUAGAGAAUAGAACUAAAAAACGCGUUACUUUAAGCCUGCAUAGAUCCACAUCGGAGCCAUAUAGCAAACACGAGCAGCGCAUCAAUAUGCCAGAUGAGGGCGCACAAUCCUUGGAUUCCAGGGCGAAGCCAACGCCGCCAGAUAGUUCAAUUAUCCUUAUCGAUGAGUACGAGGACUUCGAGGAGGAGGAUCUGAACUGCGAGGGCGAGAUGGAGCAUUUCCCAUCGUGGGAGAUUGACAGCGACAUUGGCGCCGAUGGCAUGGAUGUCGAUCCUGAUGGUGACUGUGAUGAGUCCACGGAGGACACGGCUCUCCUGCAUUGCGCCACGCGUACCGCCAUUGUUAUAACACCAAUUAGCCCAGUAAGCUCCGCACUCAAUCUUCAAAGUUUGAAUGACCAAACAACAACGCUUAAUAAAUCAAAUUUGCUUCCGCCAGAUUCUGGUUAGUUAAAAUGCAAUUGAAGUUAGUCGAUAUGUAAUAUCUAUUAUAUUAAUAAUAAUAAUUAUUAUUAUGAUA